AUGAAGUCAUUCCCAGCAUAUGCACGUGUUGUCGGCGCAGCCAUCGUUGUCUUGUUUGCGAUUGAUUCAUUCGUCUUGCGUUCUCGUUCAGCAUAUCAUCAACCGCCGGCAGAGCUUGCGGCAUUUCAGAAGGCGAUCUCGUGGACUAAAGAACAGCCUGAAUACACAAUCAGUUCCUGGGCUUCUCAAAAUGGAGACAUCCAGCACUACACACUAGAACGCUCGCUCGAGUCAGAAUCACCAUCUGAGUCUGUACUUUUCGCUUCUAUCACUCGUGACGAAGAAUCCUGGGGUCGCAACCCAACAGAAGACCGAAGAAGCGUAUACUCCUACCUCGACUUCAUCACGAACACAACCCUCCAAUCCAACCAAGCAUCAGUCGCAAUAUUGACCUCUUCACCCUCCGAAUAUGCACGAUACAUACAAAUCCUCACACCAGACCAAGCACCUGGAUCGGGUCAAGAGAAAUGGGCCAAUGCCACGUAUUACGAUUACGCCUUCCACCGUAUAGUCCUUGUCCUGCAUACUGCGCCCACUCGUUCACCUCCAACCUCGGAAUACGAAAGUGCAUCGAAGCCCAAUACCGACGCCUCCCGAGCCCAACGCCAUAGCAUCCCUCAACACGAGCGUCGAGCCAUUCUCGCCAAAUUGCGCAACUAUCUCCAAUCCGUCGCACUAAAGCACGAGUCACACAUCCUCUGGCUCGACAGCGACGUCUACAAGUUCUCCUCCAAGUCCAUGGUCUCCGCGAUGAUCAGCAAGACCACCACCACAAAGGACCACGAAGUCGGCAUCCUCACCUCCCGCUGCCGUCGCGGCGAGCCCGAACUCGCCAAGGCAUGGAUGCGCGCCCACCCCGAAUACAGAAUGCCCAACCAACCUCCACCAGGCGUCAGCAUCAGCAACGAGCUCCGCCACGAAAUCGAAGAUCUCCGCGGCCACGAAGGCGGCCAACACGAAAUCAUCGCCCACAUCACCACCGAACAAGGCCAAUACGACCUCAACGCAUGGACCGGCCGCCGCACAGGCCCCAACAACCUAGAACAAGAGCUCCUAUGGAAAGACCUCUCCUCCUGGGAACCACAUCCGGGCUUCGACGGCCUAACCAAGAUCCUCGACGCAGUGAUCGAAGGCACCAACAACGACGAUAUCCGCCAGCUCGACAGCGUAGGCGGCACGAUCCUCAUGAUCAACGCGGACCUCAUCCGGAUGGGUCUUGUCUUUCCCACAGGAUAUAUCGUCGGUAUGACCUAUGAGCACGGCGAGGGAUUUGAUGGUAUCGAGACAGAAGGACUAUGUGUGCUCACCAGGUCGUUUUCUAGAGACGGAAACUCGACGUGUUGGACCAUGGGAGGUGAUUGGAGUGUGUGGCACACCGUAUUUUGA